AAGAUGUUAAACUUUAAGUUAGAUAUCAAUCAUUAAAGUGAAAACUCUCGUUGAGCGCAAAUCAUUUUAAAGCUAAAUUUUGUUUUCUAUUUAAAUUGGGAAUAAACACUUUAAUUUGGUUUCCAAACGAUUACAAAUGCUACCUUCUUGCUGGUCAACCUGUUAUAGCAGCUUCUUCGUUUCAAGUUGUUUGUUAAUUGCUCUGUUAAUUUCAAAUUUAACGAUAAACAGUAAACUGUUGAAUGUUGUUAGAGCCGAUUCGGAUUUACUGGCAAGUGCAUCAAGCUGGAGUCAACCGCCAACAAACAAUCCACCAACCUGCCAAUGUGCUCCAAGACCAGUGAAAUAUGUUGCUAUCGAGAUACCAAAGAUAAUUAAAGUUCCAGCUCCAGCUCCGCCACAGAUGAUGAUGCCUCCAGCUCCAAGUCAACAAACUAAACAGACAAUCAUUCCAAUUACGAUUCCUUUAUUGACCCAUGUUCCUGCUCCAGCACCAGCACCAAUGCCUGCUCCUGCACCUUCACCACCACCUUCGGAUGGAUGGUCAGCUCAAUCAAAUCCAUGGAGUAAUUAGGAUUCUGGUUUCUCUUCAAGUCAGUACAAUCUUGAUCUUCAUUUACAUUCAAUAAAUUUACUUGAUUCUAACUGUUUCAGACAUUUUGGUUACACUGUUUCUUGAUCGAGUUUGUUUGAUUAUUUCAUGUGGAAUUGUAAAUUAAUUGAUUCACCAUUAAGUUGAUUUGACGAUAAACAUUUCACUUUAGUAACCAGUAAUGUGUAAGUCUGGUUUGUUUUGCAAGAUAUUCAUUCACCCGAUUCAAUCUUUUUUUAUUGCUAUCAGAUUAUGUCAACUAUUAUUUGAAUAUAUUGAGGUUCAACAGGAGAUUCAGCCAAUAAUACCGAAUAAAUUGAGUGAAACUCAUAAAAGAAACAAUUGAUUAAAGAUUUACAUCUUGAUCAACUUUCACUUGAAUAGGUUAAGAUUAGUUCAAUAAGAAAUGCCUUACAGGUCAAAAUUUUAAUUAAGAUGUUGCUUCUAUUGCACCAAAUCAAUGGUUAGCUAUUGUUAUCACAAUUUAUUGGAUCAAUUUAAAUUGUUUAACCAACAGGAUGGAUAUUAAUGUUAAUAUAAAUAGCAAGAAAUAACUUUCCCAAAUAAUCAAGAUUAACCAAUUCAAUAUUAUGCUCAAUAUUAAUUAAAAUGAAAUCCAUUUUUAAUCUGCUUUAUCUUCCGUUAAUCAUUUUGAUACCCAAUUUUUUGUUUUCUGGUCUCACAAUAAAGCUGAUUGUUGGUUUAACAAAAAUGGGUACAAUUAAUAAUUAAUGCUGCCAAUCUAUUUCGGGUUUAAUUAACUGGUAUUCAUUGUGCUUACAAUUGUGAUUAAAAGUCUCAAGAUUGUUAAUCAAGUAAUAAUAAAACUCGAAACUGAAACAAACGAAACAACACACAUUUGGGUAUUUGGGUAACCAAUAUGUUCAAUUUAGGUUUACAUUGAUUGACUAAUUUGAAUGACAACCUUACUG